AUGAUCCCGGCUUCCCAGUUGGUCUUCUCCACCUGCAUCUGGAUCACACUGAUGUCAAAUUCUUGUGCUGCUGGUGAAAUCAAGAAGCCCCACCAGCGCUGCUUCUCUUCAGUGAAGUGGACCCGCAAACAAGAAACUAGAAUGAGGAAAGAUGACAGUACCAAAGUGUGGCCCCUUAAGUAUAAGCAACUUCUCCAUAUAGAGGACCAAUUCUGCAGUGAACCUGGAUUUGGAGGAUCUCCAGUGCCAGUGGGUAUAGAUGUCCAGGUUGAAAGCACUGACAGCAUUUCAGAGGUUAACAUGGACUUUACAAUGACUUUUUAUCUCAGGCAUUACUGGAAAGAUGAAAGACUUGCCUUUCCCAGCAAAACCAACAAAAGCAUGACUUUUGAUCACAGAUUAAUCAAAAAGAUUUGGGUGCCUGAUAUCUUUUUUGUCCAUUCUAAAAGAUCCUUCAUCCAUGAUACAACUGUGGAGAACAUCAUGCUGCGUGGACACCCUGAUGGAAAUGUCCUCUUCAGUGUCAGGAUAACUGUUUCAGCAAUGUGCUUUAUGGAUUUCAGCAGGUUUCCACUUGACACUCAAGAUUGUUCCCUUGAACUGGAAAGCUAUGCCUACAAUGAGGAGGAUCUAAUGCUGUACUGGAAACAUGGAAACAAGUCCCUAAAUACUGACGAGCAUAUUUCGCUUUCUCAGUUCUUCAUCGAGGAAUUCAGUGCAUCCAGUGGAUUUGCUUUCUGUAGCAGCACAGGUUGGUACAAUAGGCUUUUCAUCAACUUUGUGCUAAGGAGGCAUAUUUUCUUCUUCGUGCUGCAAACCUAUUUCCCGGCUGUGUUGAUGGUAAUGCUUUCCUGGGUUUCAUUUUGGAUUGACCAGAGAGCUGUUCCUGCAAGAGUUUCCUUGGGAAUCACCACGGUGCUGACCAUGUCCACGAUCCUCUCUGGGGUGAGUGUCUCCAUGCCCCAGGUGUCCUACAUCAAGGCGGUGGACGUGUACCUGUGGGUUAGCUCCCUCUUUGUCUUCCUGUCAGUCCUUGAGUACGCAGCAGUGAACCACCUCACCAUAGUGAAAGAGAGGAAACAAUUCAAGAAGACAGGGAAGAUUUCUGGAAUGUACAGUAUUGAUGCAGCUCAAGCCAUGGCCUUCGAUGGUUGUUACCAUGACAGUACAACUGACACGGACCAGACUUCCUUCUCUCUACACUCACAAGAGGACUCCAUGCAAGAAACAUGCACAGGCCACCUCAGCACAGCUUCACCUCGGAUAAAGAGAAGAAAAUCACUAGGAGGGCAGGUUGGUAGAAUCAUUCUGGAGAACAACCAUGUCAUUGACACCUAUUUAAAGAUUUUAUUUCCCACUGUGUACAUUACAUUUAAUUUGUUUUACUGGAGUAUUUACGUGUGAAGAGGAAAGCCCAGUUGAUAAAAUUUGUUUUGGAGUCAGAUUAUGUUAAAAACAACAAUAAAAACCACCAACUCUUAACUAUAAAUUGGAUGGUACUAGACUACACUGGAGUCAGCCAGUCACUUCUCUUGGCCCAAAGAAGAUUUGAAAGUUAACUGAUUCACAUCUAGGAAAGAGUUUAAGGUCGUAGGAGAAUUUGGCUACAUCAAUGAGAGUCGGCAUUCUGCUUGCCUCCCCCAUGCCAGAAGCUGCCUUAAGGACACAGCCUUGCGAUAGUAAGGGGUUACUGAGACAUCUGGACCGUAUACAGAGAGAGAGGAAGCAAGGCAGAGAGACAGACAGAGACAGAGAGCGCUGCCCGGCUGCAGUCUUUAUUGUUGGCUGAUCAUUUUUCUACAAGGAGCUGCAAAUUAAAUGGAGAACGUGACUACAUUUCAGAAGCCGUGUGGCUGACAGGGUAUUGGUGCUCCGGCCUGGUAUCAGGCCUGAGCCUCUGAGGUGGGAGAGCUGAGUUCAGGACACUGGACCACCAGAGACCUCCCGGCCCCGUGUAAUAUCAACUGGCAGGAGCUCUCCCAGAGAUCUCCAUCUCAAUGCUAAGACCCAGCUCCACCCAACAGCCAGCAAGCUCCAGUGUUGGAUGUCCCAUGGCAAACAACUAGCAAGACAGGAACACAACCCCACCCAUUAGCAGAGAGGCUGCCUAAAAUCAUACUAAGUUCAUAGACACCCCAAAACACAGCACCAGAUGCAGCCCUGCCCAUCAGAAAGACAAGAUCCAGCCCCACCCACCAGAACACAGGUAACAGUCCCCUCCACCAGGAAGCCUACACAAGCCCCGAACCAACCUUACCCACUGGGGGCACACACCAAAAACAAUGGAAACUAUGAACCUGCAGCCUGCGAAAAGGAGACCCCAAACACAGAAAUUAAGCAAAAUGGGAAGAUAGAGAAACAUGCAGCAGAUAAAGGAGCAAGGUAAAAACCCACCAGACCAAACAAAUGAAGAGGAAAUAGGCAGUCUAUCUGAAAAAGAAGUCAGAGUAAUGAUAGUAAAGGUGAUCCAAGA